CGCCGCGCCAGGGGGACGCGCUUGGGCGCCGGACAUGGGGUGCGCCCGCAACCGCGGUUCCGGUUCCGACCCGGCAGGAGGAGGAGCGGGAGCCAGCGCCUGCGGAGCCCCGCCCCAGGGAGACCGAGUUGACAUCUGUCACUGCGAUGCAGCCCUGCAUAGUGACGUCCUUCCGGCGCCUGGUCUGGGCAGUGGCCUCCCAGCGGCUGGCUCCCCUGAGACAUGGAGCAAGUCGCGCCUUGCACAUGGCGCCGGCAGCCCGCUCUGACAGGAGUGCCCCAGUGUUUACCCGUGCCCUGGCCUUUGGGGACAGAGUUGCCCUCGUUGACCAACAUGGCCAGCACACGUACAAGGACCUUUAUCGCCGCAGCCUCUGCCUGUCCCGGGAGAUCUGCAGGCUCCGCGAGUGUGCCAGCCGGGACCUCCGAGAGGAGAGGAUCUCCUUUAUGUGCUCCAACGACGUCUCCUAUGUGGUGGCGCAGUGGGCCUCGUGGAUGAGCGGUGGCGUCGCCGUGCCCCUCUACCGGAAGCACCCCCAGGCUGACCUGGAGUACUUCAUCCAGGACUCCCGGAGCUCCCUCAUCCUCGCCGGCCAGGAGUACGUGGAGCUCCUGGGCCCAGUAGUCAGGAAGCUGGGGGUCCCCCUCCUGCCUCUCCCGUCUGCGGUCUACGAUGGGGCGGCCGAGGAGCCCAGGGACGGGGAGGUGCCGGAGCGGGACUGGAGAGACCGAGGAGCCAUGAUCAUCUAUACCAGCGGGACCACGGGGAGGCCCAAGGGCGUCCUGAGCACCCACGACAACAUCAGGGCUGUGGUGACGGGGCUGGUCCACAAGUGGGCGUGGUCUAAAGACGACGUGAUCCUCCAUGUCCUCCCGCUGCACCACGUCCACGGCGUGGUCAACAAGCUGCUCUGUCCACUCUGGGUGGGAGCCACCUGCGUGAUGCUGCCGGAGUUCAAUGCCCAGCUGGUUUGGGAGAAGUUCUUAAGUUCUGAAACUCCACGAAUAAAUGUAUUUAUGGCAGUGCCUACAAUAUACUCCAAGAUGAUGGAUUAUUAUGAUAAGCAUUUCACCCAGCCUCAUGUCCAGGAUUUCGUGCGUGCAGUGUGUGAAGAGAAGAUCAGGUUGAUGGUUUCAGGAUCGGCUGCCCUGCCCCUGCCUGUGCUGGAGAAGUGGAAAAACAUCACAGGCCACACUCUGCUGGAGAGGUACGGGAUGACAGAGAUCGGCAUGGCCCUGUCCAACCCCCUGACCCCAGCAGCUCGCCUGCCAGGUUCUGUGGGGACCCCACUGCCAGGCGUCGAGGUACGCAUUGUCACAGAAAACACGCAGAAGGACAGCUGCCCCUACGUCCUCCAUGUGGAAGGAAAUGAGAAGGACACCAGGGUGACCCCAGGGUUCAAGGAGAAGGAAGGGGAGCUCUUGGUCAGGGGACCCUCUGUGUUCCGGGAAUACUGGGACAAACCAGAAGAAACGAAGAAAGCUUUUACCUCUGAUGGCUGGUUUAAAACAGAUGCUGCCCCGUGCAGAUGCUUCAGGCCCACGGCGGGAGCCAAGGGAGGCGACACAGCCAUGUUCAAGGACGGCUGCUACUGGAUCCGGGGCCGCACGUCCGUGGACAUCAUUAAGAGCGGUGGCUACAAGGUCAGCGCCCUGGAGGUGGAGCGGCUGCUGCUGGCCCACCCCAGCAUCCAGGAUGUGGCUGUGAUCGGAGUUCCAGACGUGACGUGGGGCCAGCGGGUUACCGCAGUGGUGGCACUUCAAGAGGGACACUCACUGUCCCACAGGGAACUCAAAGAGUGGGCCAGAGGCGUCCUGGCCCCGUAUGCCGUGCCUUCGGAGCUCCUGCUGGUGGAGGAGAUCCCGAGGAACCAAAUGGGGAAGAUCAACAAGAAGGACCUCCUCAGGCAGUUCUACCCGCAUGACCAAGGCCAGCAUCCACUUUAAACCCCCUACAUCAGGUGGAGUAGAGUCAGGCCUGAGGAAUGACAUCCCAGCGGGAGGCCUCGCUGUCCCUCCUUGUGGCCACACCCUUAUGCCCUGAGGCUACCAGGCAGGUCCCAGGAGGGUCCAGGCGUCCCCCCAGGGAUGCAGGUCUCCAAAGGAAAUUCAGUAAAGCUUCACAGAGAAAAACGCCUGUGCUGUUGCUCACCCAGUGCCCUGCUCCAGCUACCAGGAGUGCUUGCGUCUGCAUGCGUGUGUGUGUCACGGCACAGGGUCUCUCAUGGUCUGGGAUGCCCAUGUGGCCACCCCAGUUGACCUGCGGUUCCUCCAGAGCCUCCUAGUCGGACCCCGACUGCUCUGAGGAGCCAACCCUGAGGACAGGCCCGGGCGUCCAGGUCAGGGGCGUUGGGAAUGCCGUUGUCUCUUCUGCCCUCCCUGACGUUUCUCUCUGCAGCUCUGGGACAGCCUGCACCAUGAGAGUGGCAUCACUGUGCCCCAGGGACCCUGGCAGGGCCUCACAUAGGCCUUCAGGGCCACGCUGACCACCCCAGUGGGGAUGCAGCUCAGGCGACCAGAGAGCCAGGGAAGCUGAGUGCCUAGACCCUCGCUGGGCAGCUGCGUGCAGCCCCUUAGCACCACCGCCCCCAGGUAACCUUCUAGACCAAGGACCCACAAACUUCUGGAAUGGCCAGGUGGUCAAUAUAUUAGGCUCUGCGACCACAUGGUCUGUCACAGCUGCUCACCUCAACUGUUGUAGCGUGGAUCCCGCUGUCCUCAUACGGAGUCCAGAGCUUCUCAGCAGUCAGAGGCUGACCACCAAUGGCCCUGUGCCUUGACCCUUGACCCUUAACCUCCUCACUGCCUCCAUGCUGCUCCCUCGACACACCCCUGCAACCCCAGGCCCUCCUUUCGCUCUUCAUCUACAUGCCACCUUCUCCUGACCAGCUCCGUCCCACAGCACCCUCUCUGCUCCCCGCCAGACAGGCCCAGGUCCUCCACCCUCCCCAGCCGCGGGCACACAGACCUCCGAAGAGCAAGCCAUGUGUCAGCGUUUCCACUUCCCGCUCUUAGCUGUGUUGAUUCAGAUGCAGGAAUGCCCGUGUGUGCUCCAAGUGGAGAAUCCAGAACCUUCUGGACAGUUUACUGGAGACCAUGGUGGCUUCUUUGCCUAAGCCUGCUGGGGAGUGGUGCUCACAGCACAGCAAGAGUCUGGCCUUGACUUUUCCAGAAUGUUCUGUCCCUGGAAUCUGUGUCUCAGAGCAGCAAAUUGUGGGAGCUGGAGGUUGGAGGGGCCACCCCAGCCCAAGCAGGGAUGCAGUGCCUUGUUGAGAGUACACAGCUGGUGAGGGGAGGGGGCAGGACCACUCUCCCAGCAGCAGUGCUGCAUGUGGCCUGUGACUCCCGAAGGCCUGACUCGCUGUGGGCAUUUGCUCAGAGGAAUGUCCAGCCCUCCAUCCGUCCUGCCGGAAGCCUGGACAUACAUGCUGGUCGCCCCUGUACUGAACAGGCUGCCCAAAGGGCUCAGUCGCUGCAUCCACAGCUGGCUCCUCUUGAGGGCAGCCCUCAACCACCACAGUGGUCACCCAGACUUCCUGCUGUCCUUGCAUCUGGCCCUGUGGUAACCAGGGAACCACAUAAACACAUGCUACGGAGAAAAGUCAGAUUCAGCACUGCAGGAUCUUUGCUUAAUCCCACUGAUUUGACACCGUAUCUGUCUUGAUACUGAAUUUUUGAUUCCUAAAAAUGUUUACAUAAUUAUUUGCUUUAUGCUAUAAUCUAUAGCAAAUGCUUUCAAAAAAUAACAGUCACCUUCCACUCACAAGACUACAGAAGACGUUGAUUUUGUCCUUGGAACAGGCCCCUGUAAGAAUACAGAAGGAUGUGCCCCACUUGCUAAGUCAACGGGACCGAGAGUCACAAGGCUUCCAGAAAUUCCCCCUUGGCUUGAAAUGCUCCCCCUGCUCUCCCACACACAUACACCCUCUCCCCGAGGGUGUGACCCUCAUCGGGCAGCCCCACCAUCCUGUACUCAGGCUCCCACAGUAAAGCCAGGAGCUGGCAUCCUGGGAGCUGGGCUGUGACAAUCUGACUGACAGCCCAUCUGCCUUCAACCUCACUAGCAGGGCCCGCGCUGGAUCUGAACCUGUUGAAAGGCAGUCCAGAAUGCCCAGGAUGGCUGGAGGGGGCUGCCGCUCAGACAGGCAUGGAGCAGAGGGAAGGCUGGACUGCGCCUGUAGGGUCCCUCAGGCCCCGGCAUGGAAAGAACACUCCUGGCUUGGCCCGACUCCGGGUUGAGCCAUGUCCCCUCCCUCUGGACGUAAACUCCUCAGCAGCUGGGGUGAAGCUCCGCUGCCUCCUUGUCCAUCCAGCACCUCCGUGUGCAGACAUGGCGGGCCUGCCAAGGUAAGAUACCACCAAGGGGAGACAGGCUUGAAGAGCCACACAGAAUUUCGGGACCCAAACCGCCCAGCCCCUGCCCAGCGCACGAGGCCUGUGCGCUCUCUGGGUUUCCCUGUUCUGUGGUCUGAGGCUGGUCGUUCUGACCAAGGAUGGAGGGCUUUGCCUCCCUCAGAAGUUGAGCCGUGGGGGGCUGGUGACCACAUAGCAUUCCACAUAGGAGCUGCCUGGCCUUCCUGGCUCCCCCAAGGGGGCCACAGUGGCAGGGCAGGGCAUGGAGCCCCAUCAGCUGGGUCGGCACUGCCCAGGCCACCAGCACCCACUUCCCAGGUACCAAGCACUUUUGUGCCCACCCAGCUGCAGCCACGGCUUGAAUCUUUAUGUCUAUCGCCACACUGGCCUUGCGGCCACACCCACGACUCAAGAUCCCCAAAGGUCAGGGAUGCACGCAGGCUGGCAGUGAGCCCACAGCUGCUGUGGUCACAUCCAUGUCCUCUGUGCCACGAGCCUCGCCCUGCCAGCCUCACACUUGGAACCUGAGAACAUCUACUCCUGGGCCCUGGCUUCCCCUGGAAACUUUCUCCCAAGGGGUCCUUCCACAGCUGGGGCAACAGCAGAAAUGUCAUGGGUGCAGAUGCCCGGCCGGGAGCAGAACUGCUCAGUGCUGGGCCCCAGGAUGUCAUAGAUGCCCCUCGUGUCUGGGACCAGGAGACUGCACUCUCCAGGUGUGUCCACGAGCACAGCCGCCCGCCAACACAGGUGAGGCCUGCUCAGACAGAGGGCCUGGCAGGGUGCCCCAAGAGCCAGGUCAUGGGCACUAAGCCUGGGGUUCCUGUCUAUAAAGGGAAUUCUGGAGACAGUUCCUGCUCCAGCCUUUCAGGAGGACAAAAUUAUACAAUCAUGGAGAAAACAGCAGCUCGGCACCGUUUUAGACAAGAUAACCGUGUAAAAAUGGGUACAAUGCCAGGCUGACUUGAAGCAACAAUGAAUAGGAAAUACAUGCCCACAGUGCACAUAUCACACACACACCUCUGCACACGUGCUUAGGCACGUGUUCUCACUGCAUACACGUGUACUCAGACACCCCCGCAUGCAUACCUGUGUUCACACGCGUUCACACAUGCUCUGUGACACCCCAAGUCUGGGGGCUGAGUGGGACUGGGAUUAUAAAACAGUUUUCCAAGAGUCCCCUUAAAUCCCAACUCUUUUUCUAUCUUAUG